AGCAGGAGCGAUGUAAACCGAACGUCAUUAUCCAAACUUUGGCAAACACAUUGGUUUUAUUUGUUUCACUAAUCUUGUUGGAUGGUGAGAAACAAAUGGAGUAUGUCUAGACUCAGAUGCUUUAAGGGUACAAAGCAAGGGGCGCCCACAGAGCAGUGUGAGGCGCCUCAGGGGCCGGGGAUUCACAUCUAUCUGCUCUGGACCAAAGAUGGAGAUCGGUACCUGACGUUUCAGGAUGGCGAGGUGACUGCUGAGGAGCUCUCCAUCAAGGCUGCGGAAUCUGUUGGAGUUACACCUGUAUGCCAUCCUCUGUUUGCACUGUACAACCCGUCAUGCUGCUGUUGGUAUAGUCCUAACCACAGCUUCACCCUAGAAAACCAGUCAAGCCUGAUACUUCACUUUCGCAUGAGGUUUUACUUUCGGAACUGGCAUGGUCUUAAUGAGAACGAGCCAAUGGUGGCACGUUAUGCAAUUCGUACAGGAAAUGAGCAGGGGGCUGCCCCUCUACUUGAGAUUGCAUCUUUGGAGUAUCUUUUUGCUCAGGCCAAAUGUGAUUUUGUGAACGACGUGGCAUCACUGGAGGAUAUAAAUGGUGAAGAAGCGCUCAGUGGCUUUAAGAAUGAAAGCUUGGGCAUGGCUGUGCUGCACUUAUCUCACAAGGCUUUGCAAAACAAGACCUCUCUACAGGAAGUGGCCAAGCAGACCAGCUUUCUGCGCUGCAUCCCCCGCUCCUUCUACCGCCACAUCGCCCGCGACAACUUUCUGACAAAGUUCCGAAUCCGCCGCGUGUUCGCUGACUUUGUUCGGAGCUUUCAGCAGCACACGGUGGGUCAGGGUAGUCUGGGCUCUCAGGAAGUCAUCUAUAAGUACCUGUCCACGCUGGAACGCCUGGCUCCCUGCUUUGGCACAGAGAUCUUUUACAUCUUUCACCUGGACCUGAGGCCUGAGGGUGACGGCAGUGGCUCUUACCUUAACGCCACCAGAGCACGCCAACCUCAAGAGGAGAUCCAGAGCACUGAGCCGACACAUGAAGUCAUGGUGUCGGGUACCACCGGCAUCCAGUGGAGGAAGAUACCGGCUCAGCGGGCUCAGGAGAAUAACUAUAUGGGAAACGACUACUUGGAUAAAAGGAAGAGAGGGAAGCAGCAAGAACCUGAACAUGAAACUAGCACAACAGAGAGCUGGAACACCUUCUGCGACUUCCCUGAAAUCUCACACAUCGCCAUCUCCGGGGCGAAUGUCUGUAUCAGCCGUCAAGACAACUUUGCAAUGGACCUGCGCCUGAAAUCCAGUCUCGAGGCUCGCUCUCUGGUCUCUCUGCUUGACGGGUAUUUCCGCCUGACGGCAGACGCGCACCACUACCUCUGCCACGAGGUGGCGCCCCCUAGAGUAGUUUUGAGUGAGGCGAAUGGGCUUCACGGCCCCAUAAUGGAUGAGUUUGUGCUGCAGAAGCUGAAGAAGGAAGCCGCCGAUGAGGGGGCGUACGUUGUGCGCUGGAGCGUCGUGGAAUACAACCGUAUCAUCUUAGCUGUUCUGAGUAGAACCCAGGAUGGACAAUGUCCAACACAUAAGCAGUUCAGGAUCAUGCAGAAGGGCUCUACUUUUGUUCUGGAGGGCUGGGAGCGAGAAUUCUCCAGUGUGAAGGAACUCACAGAAAGCCUGAAAACCUUUGUGCUUAAGUCUGGCCAGGACUGCUUUACUGUGAAGAAGUGCUGUUUGCCCAGACCUGCAGAACUGUCGAACCUGUUGGUCAUGAGACAUGGAAUGAAUAGUAGCAGCAAACCCUUGUCUGAAACGUUCAACCUGUGCCAGCUGAGAUUCCAUCAGAUUAAAGACAAAGAGAUAAUACAGGAGCAGCAUUUGGGUCGUGGCACCAGGACCAACAUCUACUCUGGCCGUUUGAUGGUCCGCAGUGGAACAGAUGACUAUGAGGAUGAGUGGAACAACAACUACACCAAUGGCAAAGGCAUCCGUGUUGUUCUUAAAAUCCUGGACCAGAGCCAUAAGGACAUAGCACUGGCAUUUUUCGAGACGGCUAGUCUGAUGAGUCAAGUUUCUCACUGUCACCUGGUCUUCGUGCAUGGCGUUUCAGUCAAGGGAUCUGAGAACAUAAUGGUGGAGGAGUUUGUUGAGUUCGGCCCCUUGGAUGUCUUCCUGCACAAAGAGAAGGCCCGGGUGACUCCUCAGUGGAAAUUUACAGUGGCGAAACAGCUGGCCAGUGCUCUGUGCUAUCUUGAAACAAAACGCUUGGUUCAUGGGAAUGUCUGUGCGAAGAAUAUUCUGGUUGCUCGUAAGGGUCUGGAGGAGGGCACAUUUCCUUUCGUGAAGCUGAGUGACCCAGGCAUUGCUCUCACUGCUCUCUCACGAGGAGAACGAGUCGAGCGCAUUCCAUGGAUCGCACCGGAGUGUGUGCCGUGCGGGGCCAGCCUGGGCAGCGCUGCGGACAAGUGGAGCUUCGGAGCCACACUGUUAGAGAUCUGCAACAAUGGAGAUCUGGCGAUGAGUGGCAGCACUUUGCCCGAGAAAGAGCGAUUCUAUGAGACCCAGAGUCGGCUGGCAGUGCCCUCUUCUCAGGAGCUUGCCAGCUUCAUCAGCAUGUGUCUGACCUACGAUCCUGCAGCCAGGCCGUCGUUCAGGACUAUUCUGCGUGAACUGACUGAGAUCCAGAUCAAAAAUCCAGAUAUUUCUUCUGACUGUGAGGCGCUUCCAGAUAGAGAUCCCAGCAUUUUCCUUAAACGCCACCUGAAGAAGAUCCGAGACCUGGGAGAGGGUCACUUUGGGAAGGUGAUGCUGUAUGUGUACGAUCCUGCUAACGAUGGCACUGGAGAGUAUGUGGCAGUAAAGACGCUCAAGCAAGAGGGUGGCAGUUACCUCCAUGCCUCAUGGAUGAAGGAGAUUGAAAUCCUGAAAUCGCUCUACCAUGUCAACAUUGUCAAGUACAAAGGCUGUUGCACAGAACUGGGUGGGCAGGUGGUGCAGCUAAUCAUGGAGUACCUUCCACUGGGCAGCCUUCGGGAGUACCUGGUCAAACACAGGCUGACUAUCACUCAGAAUCUGCUCUACGCUCAACAGAUUUGCCAGGGGAUGGAUUACCUGCACUCGAAACGGUACAUCCAUCGUGAUUUGGCAGCUCGUAAUGUUUUGGUGGAAAACGAGGGAGUGGUAAAGAUUGGUGACUUUGGAUUGACAAAAUACGUGCCUGAGGGAGAGAUCUACUACAGAGUUCGGGAGGAUGGCGACAGCCCUGUGUUUUGGUACGCCAUCGAGUGUCUGAAGGAAAGCAAAUUUUCUUUCUCCUCCGAUGUCUGGUCUUUUGGCGUCACACUUUAUGAGAUUCUGACACGCUGUGACCAACGUCAGAGUCCACCCACGAAAUACGUUGAGAUGAUGGGGAUGGUUCAAGGACAGAUGACGGUGAUGAGACUGAUUAAUCUUCUGGAGAAUCACAGGCGAUUGCCAUGCCCGCAGAACUGCCCACGAGAGGUGUACUCGCUAAUGGAGCAGUGCUGGGACUUCACGCCGUCACAGCGUCCAACGUUCAAAACCCUCGCUGAUGCCUUGGAGGAGAUUCGCCGAACGUACGAGCAGGAACCCACCGUGCGGCUCGCGCAGAUCAACCCUCGCUGACCACUUUCCCAUAUUCGCCAGGUGAGGUGUUCGUGUCGACAGCAUCGCUUACAGAACAGACAGUGAGAAAUCGAGCCGUCUGCUUUUCAAGUGCCACUGUGUUCGUGUACAAUCUGAUCGAGGAAAGAAAUCGUACAGUGCUGGAAUAUUGUUGUAUCACGCUGUGACUAUAAGUGUAUUGUAAAUAGACAUGCUGUUAUUUUAUCUUGUUAGUGUAUUGUUUUUGUAUUUGUUGGGCCUUAAUACACACUUUUUUCUUUUUUAGCAUUUUCAGAAUGAAUGAACUGACUAGCAAUGUAAACCAAAGGUGGUAAAAUGUUCUAAAAGGGCUUAAAAGUUAUGACUUUUGCAAAAGCACCUUAUUUUAAUUACCUGAAAUAUCGGUGAUGUUUGUGAUCUUUCAACUUUCCCCAGAGAAUGUUUUAUUCUAUUUAUUUUCCUAUUUUAUAAAACAGAUUUGUAUCUUCAAUUUGGGAAGAAUACUCUCAACAUAUUCACUGAAUUCUCAUGAUUUACUGUAGACAUGCUCUUGAUCUUAAACAUUAACUUUAAUAAUUGAACCUGCAUUUAGUAGUGGUUUUGUAAAUUAAAAAUAUUCAUACCUUCAUUUAUUCAUUCACUUUUUUCUGCUCAGUGUAUUUUGAACAUUGGGCGCCAGUCCGUACAGUCAUUCAAACCUAAAAGUGUGUAAGGAAAUUAGAACACAGAGGAAACCCAUGCUGUUACUGAGAGAACAUGCAAAUCUCCUCAUAGACGAUGAAAGUAAACUACUAAUUUGGCAGGAAAAGCUUACACUUAGCAGCACUUUGACAGUUGGUAAAAUUUACUACCAUCAGAUGGCAUUUUAUCUACACUAUAUUGCCAAAAGUAUUCGCUCGUCUGCCUUCACACGCAUAUGAACUUGAGUGACUCCCAUUAUUAAUCCAUAGGGUUUAAUAUGAUGUCGGCCACCCUUUGCAGCUAUAACGGCUUCAACUCUUCUGGGAAGGCUUUCCACAAGGUUUAGAGUGUGUUUAUGGGAAUUUUUGACCAUUCUUCCAGAAGCACAUUUGUGGCUUGAGUUGCUGUCGUUCCCAAUCGCUUCCACUUUGUUAUAAUACCACUGACAGUCGACUGUGGAAUAUUUAGUAGUGAGGAAAUUUCACGACUGGACUUGUUGCACAGGUGGCAUCCAAUUCACUGAGCUCCUGAGAGUGACCCAUUCUUUCACAAAUGUUUGUAGAAGCAGUCUGCAUGCCUAGGUGCUUGGUUUUAUACACCUGUGGCCAGGCCAUGGAAGUGAUUGGAACACCUGAAUGCAAUGAAUUCGAUGAGCGAGUUAAUGCAAUACUAUAUUUUGGCAAUAUAGUGUAUAUUCAGUUCAAGGUAGAUUUUGAAACUGUAGUAUCCCAAAUAGUAAUGAUAUAUAACUAUAUAGAACUAUAUUAUACAUACUACUAUACUGUACACCGAUUAGGCAUAACGUUAUGACCACCUUCCUAAUAUUGUGUUGGUCCCCCUUUUGCUGCCCCAUACGCAACAAACUGUGAUGCACUGUGUAUUCUGACACCUUUCUAUCAGAACCAGCAUUAACUUCUUCAGCAAUCUGAGCUACAGUAGCUCAUUUGUUGGAUUGGACCACACGUUCUAGCCUUUGCUCCCCACGUGCAUCAAUGCCACCCAUGACCCUGUCGCCGGUUUACCACUGUUCCUUCCUUGGACCACUUUUGAUAGAUACUGACCACUGCAGACCGGGAACACCCCACAAGAGCUGCAGUUUUGGAGAUGCUCUGACCCAGUCGUCUAGCCAUCACAAUUUGUCCCUUGUCAAACUCGCUCAAAUCCUUACGCUCGCCCAUUUUUCCUUCUUCUAACACAUCAACUUUGAGGAUAAAAUGUUCACUUGCUGCCUAAUAUAUCCCACCCACUAACAGGUGCAGUGAUGAAGAUAUAAUCAGUCUUAUUCACUUCACCUGUCAGUGGUCAUAAUGUUAUGCCUAUUCAGUGUAUAUACUACUAUAGAAUUAUAAUACAGUGAUAAUAAAUGCAGUUUAAUAAUACACACCCUGGUGGCUCGGUGGGUAGCACUGUGCCUUACUGCAAGAAGGUCCUAGGUUCAAUUCCCAAGUGGAGUGGUCCGGGUCCUUUCUGUGUGGAGUUUGCAUGUUCCCCGUGUCUGUGUGGGUUUCCUCCAGGAGCUCCAGUUUCCUCCAACAGUCCAAAGACAUGCAAGUGAGGUAAACUGUAGAUACAAAAUUACCUGUGGUGGUGUUUGACACUGAACUUAAACUGAUGAAUGAUGUGUAACCUGUAACUACCUGUCCUGUCAUCAAUGUAAUCAAAGCGUAAAACAUGACGGUAAAAUCCGAAAGAUAAAUAAAUCAUGCGCAUCUACUCCUUACAGGUCAGUGUUUCCCCUUAAGCUGCAGAAAUCUCUGUGGUGAUGACAGUAAAUAAAUGCAUUUAGUAUUUACAUACUGAUGUUAUCCUUUAAUCACUGAUGUAUGUUUUCACUUUGCUUAAUCUGAUGCAAUGCUAAACGUAAACAGAUGGUGUUAAAUAAAUGUCAUUUUCUGUUCA